UUGUAUAGAUUGUAGCGGCUUCAAAUGCAAUUCUAGAAAUAAACUAGAAGAAAAUGUAUUUUGUUAUGAAAGAGGGGAGAAUGAUAAGGAGAGGGAAGGCUCCAGACCUUGCGUUGAAAAAACUUGCUUUAUCUCUAGAGAUCUCUUAAAAGGUAUGUACAUCCCCCGUUCUAAAUGUAACUUACUAAAAUAUUUUGACAUUUCAGGAGAAACAGAACAAAUCUCGUUGAACAAAUACACUAAACAAGGAUGUGGGAAAUGUAAUUCAACUAGCAUUCCAUGCCGAAUAUGUAACACAACUCUUUGCAAUUCAGAAAAGUUUUUUAAACAAGUUAAUUAUUGCUGGGGCAAAGAUAAUAUUGUUGAGCAAUGUGAUAAGAGUAGAUAUGGUUCAAAUUGCUAUUAUGCUUCAGACUUUGAUAAUAAAGGUAGAUAAAUGAUUUGUCACUUGAGCCGUGAUGAAGGUUUUUUUUGCUGAGAGUUAAAGUUCUCAUCAUUUUCUCUUCACCUUUAUGAGACUAUACUAUGUAUUUACUAUCCUCAUAUACACAUAAACCAUUUCGUACUAAACCCUAUCCCCAAUCAACAUUCUUACUACAGAUCGGAAUGGAAG